AUGGGCAUUUACAUGAAGAAAGAAUUUGAGAUGUCUGAUUCAGGUCUAUUGCAUUAUUUUCUUGGUCUGGAAGUGAAACAAGCUGAAGAUGGGAUAUUUGUUUCACAAAGGAAAUAUGCAACUGAUCUUCUUAAGAGGUUUAACAUGCUUAAUUGCAAAGUUAAAACCACACCCAUGAAUGUAAAUGAGAAAUUGCAGCUUGAAGAUGGUACUGAACCAGCAGAUGCGAGAUAUGUUAGAAGCUUGGUGGGUGGUCUGAUAUAUUUGACUCAUACUCGACCAGAUAUAGACUUUUCGGUUGGAGUACUUUCCAGGUUUAUGCAUUCUCCCUCAAAGCAUAAUCUUGGAGCAGCAAAGAGAGUCUUGCGUUAUAUAGCUGGAACACUUGAAUUUGGAUUGUGGUAUAGUCAUGUGUCAAAUUUUAAGUUGAUUGGAUUUACUGAUAGUGAUUGGGCAGGGUGUUUGGAUGAUCGGAAGAGCACUUCGGGUUAUACUCUUUGUCUUGGAUUAGGUGCCAUUUCAUGGAGUUCAAAAAAGCAAGCAACAACCGCUUUGUAA